UUGUUUUUGUUUAUAGGAUCAAAUUAAGUAUGUUGAUGGCAAACAAUCAAACCUAUGGCCUUAUGCCAUGUUGCAGAUGUUUGUAUUCUGAAUAUGAUAUCACACAAGGCUUGCAAAGACAUGUGACAAUAAUCCAUUGUCCUGAAUGUGAUACCUAUUUGCAGCCACCAACAACAUGGAUUAAGGCCCAAUCUGAAUCCAAUGAGUUAUUGACCUUUUGUGUUAAGAGAUUGAAGAAUUUGAACAGAGUGAGAUUGGUUCGUGCUGAGUUCAUAUGGACUGAGCCACAUUCGAAAAGGAUCAAGAUCAAGCUCAAAGUAGAGAAAGAGAUUCUGAAUGGAGUUUUGUUUCAACAGUCUUAUGUUGUUGAGUUUGUUCAGCAUGAACACAUGUGUGAAUCUUGUAUGAGGAUUCAAGCCAAUCCUGACCAGUGGGUUGCGGCUGUUCAACUCCGCCAACAUGUUACUCAUAGGUAUGGACAUAGUCUACAUAUCCCCUCUCUUUUCGGUACAUAUCACCAGCACGUUUUUAUAAAAUUCUGAAUAGUUUAGAGUGAUCCAGAGUCUAUACUUUUACUUUUAUCACACUAUAAUAUUCUGUUUUGAUCAUUUU